GAUCAGUAACACGGCAAUCACACUCGCUCCUCUUCGCUCCCAUUCACUCAUUCAACACGCAAAGCGCGUUGCCCGCCGCCAUGUCUGCAUGCUCCUCACAGUUCUCGGUGUCGCCAUCCGCGACACCAGAGAUGGUCAGCACACCAGCGACACAAAGCUCUGUGCUUUUCGACGACGACGUAGCAGCGGAUCCAUUGGACAUUGAGGGCGUCGGCUCUUCCUUCAUCAUGGUUGUUGGCGGAUUGGGCUACAUUGGCUCCCACACAACACUGGAGCUGCUCAAAGAAGGAUACAAUGUCCUUGUAAUCGACGACCUCAGCAACUCUUACCAAAAUGUCCUGGACAGGGUCAAAUUCCUUGCCGAGGAGUUCUGCAGGGAACAAGGACGACGACUGCCUGCACUUCACUUUCAGCAAUUGGAUUAUCGAAGUCCGCAGAUGAAGAUCGUACUGGCCAAUUACUCUUCGUAUUCCGUCAGCAGCAAACCAGUAUCAGCAUUAGCCCGUCGCUUCCCGUAUACGAAUCUGCAGCGAACAGAUUCCGGCAUCGAAAUGGAGACGGAUGAUCGCCAGGAGCCGGUGAUCGAGCGUCGAUCCCGGAUAACGGGUGUUAUCCACUUUGCCGCCUACAAAUCUGUCGAAGAAAGCAUUCGCACGCCACUGAGGUACUACAGCAACAACGUUUGCGGUCUAGUUGAUUUCCUGGGCUUGAUCGAGCAAUUCGGCAUCAAGAACUUUGUCUUCUCGUCCUCGGCUACAGUAUAUGGUGAGGGUGCCAAUUGUGGUGUGCCUCUACGCGAGGAGCUAUGCGUGCAUCAUCCAGAGACUUUUGUCGACGGUGAGGGACGCGAGCGUCAGGUGUUACCGGGUGUCUUGGGUCUCACUUCGCCUUACGGACGUUCAAAAUUCAUGUGCGAAUCCAUCCUUGCAGAUCUUGCUGUGGCGGAUCCGACAUGGUCCAUCACUGCUCUGAGAUACUUCAACCCAGUCGGCUGCCAUGAAUCCGGAAUACUAGGUGAAGAUCCACGACAGAAACCAAGCAACCUCAUCCCAGUCAUUGCCACAGUCAUGACGGGAGCCAGGCCGGUGCUGGAUAUUUUCGGUACCGACUGGAACACUCCUGAUGGAACCGCUGUGCGUGACUUCAUCCAUGUGGUCGACUUGGCUCGUGGUCAUAUCGCGGCUUUGGCUGCUUCAGCAGCUGGUCGCACAAAGGCUCCAUUCCGAACCUACAACCUGGGCACUGGCAACGGACACACGGUUCGUGAAGUGCUUCACAGCCUGGAGGAGGUGUCUCAACGGAAGAUCCCAGCACGGGAAGUCGGACGAAGGGCGGGAGAUGUUGGUUUUUGUGUGGCUGAAGUGCAGCGAGCAGAGACUGAGCUGCAGUGGAAGGCUGAGAGGAAUCUCAGGGAUUGCGCUGGAGAUGUGUGGAACUUUACCAAGGGUCGGUGUCCCGAUGUGCAAGAAGUUAGUGACGCGCAGUGCUAGUGGGCAUGCAGUCCACGCUUGAGAGCUUUCGUAAUGGCUUUGGCUAGAUUUCCGGACGUUUUUUUUUCGUAGUCAUUUUUUUUCUUUGUUGAGGGAAAAGUUUUAGCAUUAGCAGCGGGCGUUUGUUUCUUUCCUUUCGCAAACGAGGCGCUUGUUAGCUUUGUACAGAUUUGAAUACAACUGACGUCAAGUUUAUAUUUGAAGGCGGAUCGUAUGGCCUCUCAGCACUCAAUGACUGCCUGUCGUGUACUGUAUGUGUAACGACGCCACGCCUUUGUGUAGCGCCGCCAAGGGCUGUUGGGAGAUUUGGAUGGGUGACCUAGCAGCUGCUGUGGCGAUUGAGGAAGGGGUUAUGGAGGGGG